GUUGUCAGAGCGCUUUCAGACUGGAGGGAGUCGGACCGAACGAACUGGGCUUCCCAAAUAACGGGAACAUAGAGACAGACACACAGACGGAUGGCGGGACAGAGCCAAAGAAAAGAUACCGCAUAACGGGUACCGUGUUUAUGUUUAUCGUUUAGCUUUCAUUUAGUAAAAAAAAAAAGCUGGUUUAUUUAUUUAUCUUUUGUUUAUCGAUUAAUUGCGUUUUAAUUACCGGCCUGUGACAGAGAGGGGGAGGAGCGAAAACCAGAGGCGUCCCUGUGUAGCCUUACUUAUUAUUUGAUUAUUUAAAUGUUUCAAAUAAUUGAAUUGUAUAUUUUAUCAUAAUGCUUCUUGUGUGCAUGUAUUCGUGAGCUGACCAUAGCCAUUUCUGCUUAUAACCAAAUAUAGAGAACCAAAAAUAACAACAUAACACCAGCCGCUGCUAACCUUUUCUGAUCCGACCAUACACCUGCUACAACGGACAGCGAGAAAUAAUAGUUUUUCAUCGAAGUAAAACUGGAGAGAUAUGUAUUUACAAGUGUAAACCAAAGCAAAACCGAUCGAGGUAAAAGAAGCCACUGUGACGGGAAGAGUCGCACACCUGUCGUGAUAAGCAAAACAUAUGGGAAUACCUUCAAGAAUAUAUAAAAAAUAAUAUUCCAUACAGUUCGUAUCUAGGCUAUUUUGUAGCCACAUACAGGCCUAACUUUUAACAAUAAGAGAAUACCAGCGUUAGAGAGUUACUCAAUGUCUAUUAAUUCUGUUAAUGACUCAUAUCAACAUAAGCCUAUUUUACAUAGCUGGCGUUGUGUAUCCCGUAUCCCGACUAUCCGUCUGUGUGUUAGUCUCAAGUGAGCACCGUUCACUGAACAACUAAGGGACCAUAUAUCCACAUCGAUAUGACAUAGAUAGAGGCACAAAACCAAAAAUGUGAACGUAGCAUAGGCUAGACACAAACUCAACCAAAUAUUCGUACUACCAAACAUAUUUUGAAACGUCUACCUGGAAAGCAUACGAAGAAAGGCAACAAAGAAGAGAAGACAAGCGCAAUUCGAAGAAAACUGCAAAUAAAAACCAAGAACGACAGCGGAUCAUGUUUGUUCCCUUGCCGGUGCCGUUCGUCUUUCAGAGAACUGCUUCCGACUUCAGCGCCUGGCGUCUCAAGUCCCCGCUGGCUCUACGCUCCAGCUCCGAUAUCAGGAUGUCAAAACCAGCAGAGGAUGAGAAGCCUGGGACAGACUUUCCAGGGGAGAGCACAGACUCCGAGAGGAACAGUCCCGAUGCAAAUGAUCAGGUUCAGCCAAUGAAAACGAGUCCCUUCAGUCUUUCUCCUUCCUUGAGCAACACCAAGAGUAAAAGUGAAGCUGGCCCUGAGAUGACCUCCACCCAUGUGCCGCCUCCCUCCCAGCAGCAGACACCUCACCCUCACACACAACUCAUGUUGGCAGGGAGUCAGCUGGCAGGGCUGGCUGCCCUCUUGCCUGCGCAGCAGCAGCUGUUGCUUCAGCAGGCCCAGGCUCAACUCCUGGCCGCUGCCGUGCAGCAGUCCAACGCGGCUCACGCUGCUCAUGCCGCCCACGCAGCAGCCCAAGCCAAUCAGCAGCAGCAGCAACAACAGCAGCAGCAGCAGCUGACCAAACAAGAGCAUGCCCAGCCUCAGCUCACGCUCUCUCAGCCUAUCCAGCUCACCGCCCAGGAUAUCCAGCAACUGUUGCAGCUGCAGCAGUUAGUCCUGAUGCCCGGCCAUCACCUGCAGUCUCCUCAGUUCCUCCUGCCUCAGGCCCAGGGACAACAGGGGCAGCAGGGUAAGUGGGACCUACUAAGUUUACUCUCGACACCAAAUUUAAUUUCGCUACCUCAGCAUCAGCAAAGCCAGGGGAGUCUUCUAACUACGCCACCCAGGCUGGGACUGCAAGCACAGCGUCGUCACGGUGACGGCCUCACGUCGUUACAGAGGGACAAGAGCGGGGACGGCGGCGUGACCUCCGGGGCCUCGGCCGCCCCCAUGACCUCGGUGACCUCUGGCCCGCACGGUGAGGAGCCAAGUGACCUGGAGGAGCUGGAGCAGUUCGCCCGCACCUUCAAACAGAGACGCAUCAAAUUGGGCUUCACACAGGGUGACGUUGGCAUGGCAAUGGGGAAACUGUAUGGGAAUGACUUCAGCCAGACCACCAUCUCUCGCUUCGAGGCCCUCAACCUGAGCUUUAAGAACAUGUGCAAGCUCAAGCCUCUGCUUGAGAAGUGGCUAAACGAUGCAGAGACCAUGGCGAUAGACAACAUGCUUCCCAGCCCCAGCUCUCUCUCCUCCCCCAUGAUGGGGUUUGAGGGCAUGACGGGGCGCCGCAGGAAGAAACGCACCAGCAUUGAGACCAACGUCCGCGUGGCCUUAGAGCGCAACUUCAUCUCGAACCAGAAGCCUAACUCAGAGGAGAUCCUCCUGAUGGGAAAGCAGCUCAACAUGGAGAAGGAGGUGAUCCGGGUCUGGUUCUGCAACCGGCGCCAGAAAGAGAAACGCAUCAACCCCUGCAGUGCCACCCCUCCCCUGCCCAGCCAGUCCUCCCUUGUGACGCACAAACCCCCCUGCUACAACCCACACAUGAUGUCUAGUCAGGGGCUGCACCAGGCUGCCACCAGCCUCAGCACAACCGUGACCAGCCCAUCGCCCUCGGCAACCUGCCCUCUGACCCCCUGCCCUCUGACCCCCAGUGGCUCUGCAACUAUGAGCUCCGCCCCCUCCUCUGUGACUCCGCCUCCACACAGCACAGCCAGCAACGCCCCUCCCACCCUCAGUGCCCACAGCCUGAACGCUGGGAACACAAUGAUGGGAGUAAGCACAGGGAUGAACCAGGCUCUCAUCAGCAGCAAUCCCCUGGCCACAAUGCAAGCUCUGGCUGCCAGUGGUGGGCAGCUGCCCAUUUCCAGUCUUGAGGCCGGAGGUCAGAUGAUCCUGGGCGGGGCUGGGGUUCGCCCCUCCCUAUUCCUCAACCGCCACACCCUCCUGCCUAUGGCGUCCCACCAAGCCUGUGUGGGAUUGGUCGGCGGUCCCAGGGGCGACUCUCCGCCCCCCCGCGCCAGCGGCAUGGACGUCAACUCCUGCUCCGCCUCUCCCUGCUCCAGCCCUGCCUCCUUCUGCUCGUUCAGCGAAGCCUCACCGCCGCCGCUUGGUGGGGCCAUGGCCGAGUGACGACGACACAACCCAAAGGUUCCUGUCGGAAGGUGGAGGAGGAGGAGGAGUUUUAGUGGAGCUUUACAGAAACACCUCGCCUUUCAACCAAAGCCAUCUCUCUCUCCCUCCAUUUGUCGCCUUCGCUCUCUCUCCCGGAGUCUUUCAAAGCCAAAAAAUACACAGAUUGAAAGAGGAAGAUGAGAGCGAGGAAGAAUGGAGAGGAGGAGAGAACAGGAGAACGGUGGAGAUUUAAACCAAAAAAAAUGAUCUAUCCAUACAGUUGGAGAGGUGGCAUUGUGGAACGUUUUGUCGGCAGUGAAUGCUAAUGUACAUUUACUCCUUUCUAUGGAAAAGAACAAAUGCGCUAAAAACAAACAGCUGAAAAGAGGGCAGGGAUGACAACUGAACUAAGACUUUGUGUGAGAGAUGGGUGGCAAGGACAGGAAAGGAAGGAAAGACUUUCAACAAGCUUCAGUGGAUGGAUGGAAAGAAAACCACAUUUUUAAAAAACCUAGAAGGGAAAAAACACACAAAGAUAAACAAUGACAAACAUGCCAAAAUCUCCAAAACCGAAAUACCAAAAACUGAAACCAAAAAAAUGGAGAGAAAAGCUUUACUUAAAAGACUGUUGAUUCUGAUCUGUUCCGGAUCAGCACAUCAACCACACUCAAAAGCAUGUAUGAUUUCAUCGGAAUAUUAUUAGUAUUUUUAAUUUUUUUAACGUUUUCAACACUUAUUUUUGUAUUUUAUAUGAUUUGAGCAUUGGGUUAUGUCAUACCAAAUGAGCAUGAUUUGAUAUAGAUAUGUUAGUAGUGUCAGUCCUCCCACAUAUCUUUGCCUACCUCUAGUGGCUGUACAGUUUUUAUUUACAGUACAAAGCCGUGUUGUGGAUUUAGCUGUCACCUCGAAUUAGUAACUUUACAACUUAUUUUGUGGUAUAUUUUCCUAUUCAAUUUCCUUUGUUUAUUUCACAUUUUGCUGAUUGAAUCCUCAUUGUCAUGAUCAUCAUAAUAAUCACCCUCGUCAUUAAGGGCUAUUAACUUCAACAUCUGUUUAAUAUGAUGAGAUCUUGUUGCCUCCUUUGUUUCUUAACUUCUUAUGUACAAUUCUCUAGCACCCUCCCCUUGCGAAGAUAAGGGCACUGGGCCUUUUUCUCAAAGGUUUGAUGAGAUUGGAGAACCCACUGGGAGGGAUGUUAGACCGUACCUCCACGCAGAAUAUUUCCAGAUCCUUUGUCUGCCCUUAUGGACUUCCCUCUUCAAUUCAAACGACAAUGGGGUUCAAGUCCGGAGACUGCAAAAUGUUGAUUUUUGUGACCAAUUAAACUUUUCUUUGUGGAUUUUGAUUAGUGCUUGGGAGUUAUUGUCUUGCUGGAAGAUCCACUUGUGGCAAAAUAACCCCAUCAUGUCAAAGAUCCACCACCAUAUUUUACCGUAAUGAGGUACAUUUCUGCAUAUUCUUCUGUAUUUCAACGCCAAACCCACCACUCGUGUGCAUGGCCAAAGAGAUCUUUUUUUCAUGUCAUCUGAUCAUAGCACUGUCUGGAGUUUUAUAAACAGCACUGGCACUUGGAUUGGAACCGGGUGCUAUGGUCAAAGGACAUGGAACUAGAGCUCUUUGGCCACACACACCAGUGGUGGGUUUGGUUUUGAAAAACAGGAGAAUAUGUAUAAAAGUACCUCAUGCCAAUGUUAAAAUAUGGUGGUGGACCUUUGAUAUUAUGGGGCUAUUUUGCUUCCACGGAUCCCGGGGCCCUUCUUAAGGUCAGCGGCGUCAUUAACUUUACCAAGUCCCAACCGGGCAUUUUAACCAAAAACCUGGUUGCCUCUGCCAGGAGGCUGACAGUUGGCCACAAGUGGAUCUCCCAGCAAGACAAUAACCCCAAACACAAAUCAAAAUCCACAAAGAAAUGGGUUAUUGACCACAAAAUCUCAAUUUUGCAAUGGCUACCUGUUGUUUGAAGGCUCAGUGUAGGUAUACUUGCAAUGGGAGGGAGUAUUAAAAACCUGGGGUGUGAAUCAUUCUGAUCCUUAUCUUUUAUUUCUUUCUUUUUCUCUGAGCAAUUGUAUUAGUAUAAAAUAAUAUAAUUUCCCCACUUAUUUUGCAAACAAAAAGUAUUUGUAUCAUUUAUUUUAGACUGUAUUUUUUGCUAAUCUUUAUCAAUGUAUAUAUGAACACCAAAAUGUACUCCAAUGGCUGUUGCUUCAAGCACGCAUGCAUACACACACACACACACACACACACACACACACACACACACACACACACACACACACACACACACACACACACACACACACACAGACACACCCACGCACACACUCACACAUACACACACACACGCACACACACACACCCACACACACACCCACACACACACCCACACACACCCCCACACACACACACACACACACACUACACUAGAAUGUAUCGAGAUGUUGAAGCUAAGUAAUCUUUAAUGCCUUUCAUUAUAUUUGUUUGCCAGUUUUUUUUUUCUCUCAAUAUAAUUCAUUUUCAUAUCAUUCCACUGACAUCAUAUCAGUCACUUCUAGUCAGUCACUCUUGGAUACCAAAGCAUUGUUUCACCCGGCCGGAAGAGCAGGGAAAACAAGUGUUCAGACAGAGACCUCAGCCGUGUCAAAAACCAAACGCCCCAUAACAGAGGACGACUCCACACCAACAAAAAAAAGGACAGCAUCCCUCCGAGCCCCCAACCCCCUGCCCUCCACCCCUUCUGCCCCUCUCCUUAGCCUCGAAAGAUGGGGUCAAAGAGCCAAAAAAAAAAAGAAGACGAGAAGAAAACAGAAAGACUGCCCAGAGGAGUCAAAGGCAAAAAGAGGAUCUGUUGGAAACGGCAGGGGGAAACGGAGGAGAAAGCUGGAACGAAGGACCAAAACCAAAAAAGAACCUUACCAAAACCUCCGUAUGAGUAACCAAACUGAACAGAUGAGAAACCAAAAACCAAAUACAACACGCUGUGGACAAAGACGUGGAGGAGGAAGAGGAGGAAGAGGAGGAGGCUUUAGAGUCUGUCACAGCCUGAGAGGCUCCCUCUCUCACUCUCUCCUCCCUCCUCCAUUUGUGACCUCACUUUGUUCACCCUUUUCCUGGAUGGAGGAACAGCUGAUGACCUCACGGAACUGAAUUUAAGAAUAUAUAUUUUUCGUUUUUUGCUUUUUAUGGUCGGUCUGUCGAUUGCUGUACGACUUUGUCUCAUUGCUUUCUACUUGUAAUGGAGAUGAUGGGGUGAUUUAUUGCCUAUUUUCAUAUCUGGUCUGGGCUAUUAUUGGCGUGCUCUGGCUUUUUUUUCAUUCGGUGGUUGGAAAUAAUACUGUGAAAAUGUAGCUUCCAAAAUGUUUUCUUUGAGCAAGAAUGUUGUGAAAAAGCCAAAACUGAAUACCAAAAGCAAAACUGUUUGACACAGACAUACCAAAUACCAACCAAAUCAAUGCACAAUUGUCGGAGAGGAACAGUUGGAUAACUGUGUUUGUGCUAGGGUUUUCUGGACAGAUAUGUAGAGAGACUGGUUGAGAGAGAAAGGUAUGUGUAUGUGUGUGUGUGUGUGUGUGUGUGUGUGUGCGCGCAUUCAGGCAUGCUACCAUACAUGAUUGCGCACAUACCUGUGUGUGAGAUAUGGAUGGUGUGUAUGUGACAGGAGAGCAAAAGAGAGACCGAAUGAGUGUGUAGAAAGAGCUAUUCUCUCGCAUAUGAACCACACCAUAAAGAUUCAGAACACACUCUUCUGUCCAGUGUGCCACAGAAUACUGUUCGAUAAACACAUGAAACUUCACACGUGAAAUGAGGCAUACUUGGGCACAUAUAGGCAGAUAUUAAAGGCAACCAAUGAUAAUAUUGUGGGGAGGGGCGGGCGGAAAUCAACUGAAAGCCAGUUGACCUACCCUUUAUAGGGAAUGUAUCUGUUAGUGCUUCAAUAGAUUUUGUAGGAAAAAAAGCUAUAUCUUCUACUGCUAAUGUAUAAAAGGCUGUGAAAUGAUCCUUGAUAAAAAAUGUUGAUGAUAACGAUGACUUGAUUUUAGACCAAAAGCUUUAAACUAUCUCUCUUGGGAUCUUUGUUUUGAAGGUGUGUAUCUAUUCAUGUGAGGUGGAAGAUGAGUUUCUUUGCAAAAGAUUUGUAUGUUACGAACUCUCACUUGUUUGUUUAUUGAUUUAUUCAAUGAUGUAAUUCUUUUUUUUCUAUUUCUGGAUUCAGACCUUUGUAAUAGUUGGGGAUUGUGAGGUUGUAUUUUGAAGAGAGGCGUUCUUGGGAUUAAGACAAGAAGACAAAAUGCUUUAAAACACAAAGACAAAAAGGCCAAGCUUUAAAACAAAAACUGAAACCAAAUGUAAAGACUGUUCUUGUAAUGGGUGUCAUCUCAGAGCCCGUCUCAACUGAUAAAAGCCCUAACCUGACAGAGAGAGAGAGAGAGAGAGAGAGAGAGAGAGAGAGAGAUUCAAACUGAUCCAUGAAAUGGGUCCAUUUUAGAGUAAUAGUGGCCCCUGAAAUUUCUCCUUUCACUUUUCUACUUACACCUGUGUGUGCCAAUAGGAGUUCAAACACGUCUAGAUGCCUCUAUAUGUUCAUACGAUCUCCAGCUCUCUCUCUCUUGCUCUCUGAUCCCGUCUUUUAUUUCAAGAGAGCGACGUCAUAUAUACCUCAUGUACUUUGAUGAAAAACCAAAUAGACAGAAGCUUUAAUGUGACCAUGGUCGUCUUGGCUCAGCAGAGGGAUACAAUAACUGGCCUGGCUAUUGAGUUUGAUGAACAAGACUUUCCAAAACUUUUUAAAAGAACAGUUUGUAAGCAGUUUCCUCUGGUUUUAUAGGUAACACGUGCUAUGACCUCACUCCUCAGAAAUAGAUGCACCACUCGUCUCUCCUUCAGUGGGUCUUUGAUUUCUGUUGACAAUGCUGUGAGGGUACUGGAGGUGUUUAUGGCAAUGUCUCUUCUGAGAAGGUGUGUGUGGGGUAUUAGCGUGAUGAUGAUGCUGUACAGUAUGUGUGCCUGUGAAGGGCUCUCCUGUGGUGGCCCGAGAAUGAUACCAAAGUUAAACCCCCACAGUGAGACCCGACACACACAACACACACAUGGAGAACACACACACACACACACAGUUAAUCCAUGUGUAUAUAAACAUUCAGGAGUCUUCACGAAGACUAAAUGCUACAUAAUGGUAUUUAUUUACCCUUCAUUGAUAUCAAAAGACAUACUACUGUCUUCAAGAGCACUUAAUGCUAUGAAGCUAUGCGCCUUGAAUUGUGACCAUUUUAUACAGUAGUUAUAAGUGGCUAUGAAUGUUUGUUUUAUGUGCUUAUUAAGAAUGUCCUCAACUUAUAGGUCUCCAUCAACUAAGAUAUUUCUUUGGCCUUGAGAACACAAAUAUGUCUGAACGUCACAUCAAAUCAGAGAGGAUAUAGUAAAAGAGAGAACAAACAUACUCAAUUUGCCCAAAUCAAGUGGAUAUAGUAAAAGAGAGAACAAAGUCAAUUUUCCCCAUAUGCUUUGUUUAUUU